CGCGCCGCGGCAGAGGCGAUGAGUGCGGCGGCCACGCCGGCGCCGGAGCGCGCUUGGAAGAGCGAGAAAGUGGACGAGGCUCAGGCCCUGGCGCGGAGUUGCGCGGCCCGUAGACCCGACUUCCAGCCGUGCGACGGGCUGUCCAUCUGUGCCACGCACAGCCAUGGCAAGUGCUUCAAGCUGCACUGGUGCUGUCACCUAGGAUGGUGUCACUGCAAAUAUGUGUAUCAGCCCAUGACCCCCGUGGAACAGCUUCCAAGCACUGAGAUCCCAGCGAGGCCUCGAGAACCCACAAACACCAUUCAAAUCUCAGUCUCGCUCACUGAACACUUUUUGAAAUUUGCGUCUGUCUUCCAGCCUCCCCUUCCCCCUGACUCACCAAGGUACUGUAUGAUUUCAGACCUCUUCAUUGACAACUAUCAGGUCAAGUGUAUUAAUGGGAAGAUGUGCUAUGUGCAGAAGCAGCCAGCACCACAUUCCCACAAGAUGAGCCCCGAGGAGGUCUCUGCACAUGAUGCCUUAAUUUCAAAAGAGGGCAAUACACCAAAAAUAGAUCACUGCUCUUCUCCCUCAAGCUCUGAGGACUCUGGGAUCAAUGCAGUCGGGGCUCACUAUGUGGAAUCAUGUGAUGAGGACACAGAAGAAGGAGCAGAAUUGAGUUCAGAGGAAGACUACAGUCCAGAGAGCAGCUGGGAACCUGAUGAGUGCACCCUUCUUUCCCCAUCACAGUCUGAUCUGGAAGUGAUUGAAACAAUAGAAACCACCGUGUGAGAAUCUGGGCGGGAGCCCAGGCCUCUCAUCCAUGCUGAGUUUUUGUACUGUUGCUGAUGAAUCCUUUUCCAAUGCAGUUGGUAUUUUCUACCCACCUCUACCAACCAUAGCAAUUCCGUGGUCUGCUGAUUAGUGUCACUCUUAAAUUAGUCUUAUAACUAAGACAUUCUUUUUAUUACAAAUGGUUUUCUUUUGUAUCUUGACUUACUUUCUAUGUAGCAUCUGGUGUCAUGAAUUGUGACCCAGCCUUAAUUUCACUGGGAACUUUGAAAGCAGUGAAGUGAUGAUCACAGAAGGCUCGUGGGUCAGCUGAAGGAGCUACCCAGAGUAAAGGCAACUGUAUUUCCCAAAUAGCCAGUCCUUUGCGGAAAGACUCUUGGCAUCCUUUUGGCUUGCUCACAGCACCCUGUGCCUGCUAGUUCCACUGGGCAGCAGCUCACUGGGGAUGUGUGCGCUGGUAGACACUGUUCCUUCCUUUCCCUUCUCCUCACUACCUGCACUAGGUCUGCACCACAGCUCGUCACUGCAUUUCUGGAGGUCACUGGAGGCCAGGUUGCCCCUGGUGAUGACCCUACCCACACAUCCCUCUGUGACUGGGGCUGAGCUAGACCUUCACAUACGAAGAGCUGGAGUGCUUCAGUUUCAUGCUCAGUUCAUCUUUAGCAUCUUUAGGACCGACAUGCUGCAGGGAGUAGUGCAGAUUCAGAAUGAGUAAGACCCAAUUCCCACCAUGAAGGGGCCCACAUUUCAAUAGGAGAGGACACGUGCGACUCAUGCAGCCCACAGGAUGGCGCUGUGCACUUGGCCGGGGAAAGGUGCUGCAUGCGGCUUUGGAGGUGGCUGGGUAGGCUCCCCAGCAUUUCCUAAUUGUUCUUCAAAGCUGGAGGAACAUUUAGGAAGUUAUUGUAGGCAUUAUAGUUAGAAGGCAGCCACAUUUGACAUCUUAAGGAAAAAAUAAACAAUAGUUUUAGUUAGCAUGGAAAUGCUAAAAAGAUAAAAGUCCUUUAGGGAUUAGGAACGAAUCUAAUAGGUUUGACUAAUUCUGCUUCAUUUGGGUAUAUGAAGCAUUAGAAUUGGCUUAGGUGAGAAGUGGAUUAGAAUUCAGUAUGCUGCAUGGUUUUUUUUAAUGCAAAUGCGGAACAGUUGAAAUAGUUCACUUCUAAGUCAGGAGAAAAUAUUUUGCAUAAUUACUCACUUUCCCACACUAAUAUCCAGUCCACUGUGUAUGUUCUAUUCUUUCACACACAUAAAGUAGUGAAGAAGUCUUUCUUAUUUAGCUCUCUUCAGAAUUCUAUUCCUAAUCUGCAUUUAUUCCAGGUAUUCUUUCCCAUGUGAGUUAGUUACCCGCCAUUUCUCUAAAUCUUCUAUCUGUGAGGCAUGGUUAAGAGUCCAGGAACCUUAAAAUGUGACCUAAUGAAAUGAAAACCAUUCAAGUUGGAGAGAAAUAUUUCAUAUAGCCUCACUGUCCGUGAGGGUGCUCGAGCUUUGUCAGUGUCUGGCAUAUCUCUUCCCUGUCAUGUUAGUUCGUAUUUUAGGGAAAAAAGAGGCCUGUUGUGAUGGUCUCUGAGGCCUCUCCUCCAUGUCCUUCACAAAGUACUCAAGGAGGAAUCUGCUUUCCUAGUUGUAUGUGUAGUUCAAGCGAUUUACUAGUUCUUUCAUUAGGGUUAGGUACCCAAAACAUCCAUAGGGUUUAAAAGGCAGAGUGUGCAUUUCCCUUUGAAAACAGCAUCAGUUAAAACUUUUAGUGCUAGAGGAAAAUGCAGCAUAAAAUUCUCAUUUACUGAAACGUCUUUACAAGUGAUAGGAGGAGCUCCAGGAGCAGACACAGGCAAGGGAGGGGAAAGGCAGGUGUAUCUGGGCCUGAGGGGCUUCCCCCCCCCCCACCAGAUGUGACCUGGGUGCCCCAGGGACAUCAGAUGAGCCCUGCCUGAGGUUUGUAGUGCCUCCCUUGAAAGGUGGCUCACUGAUGGCAGGCACGGAAGCCAAAUGCCUCCGGGCUGCGCGUGCUUUGUUCUGUCCUCAGGGAAGGAAGGGCAGCAUGGGGCUUGUCUUUGCGUGUGCCUGGGGGUGAGUUCAUUGAAUUGUGGGGCUGGGGUUUCAAGGAUGACUUCUGUACACCUUUCCCAGCGACUGUUAUAGGCCCCACUGUCACAUACAUUAACUGGAAUCUGCAACCAGCCUCCAAAGUCAUGGUCAUGAGGACACAUUUCUGAAGUGUGGCUAUGUGUCAAGUUUGGGUCCCUUAAUGGUAACAUCUGCAACUCUUGUCCAGGUUCCUGUUUUAUAAACUCCUGAACUGCCAUUCAGAUUAGCCACGGUUUUAAUGGACUUUUUAAAAAACGGUUGAUAAUCACUUUAAAUAUUUGCACAAUUUCUUUAUAAUUAAACUCACUGAGCUUCACUUACUGUUUUAUAGAAUUGGGAAUGUUCCAUUGGAUUCUAAAUACCAGACACUCCUGGAUCUCAGAACAGCCUUUUCUAAAUAAGCACAAGCAAGAGGUUUUCUUUUCUUUUUUUUUUUAAGUAAUUCUCUGAAAUAUUGAACCAGAAUUUUCUCUAGGAAAAUUCUUAGAAAACUGAGAAUAUAAAAAUGUGUAGUUUCAACUUAAAUGCUAGGCCUCUUCUGUUCUAUGUUAUAUGAAAGAAUUUCUCUGUGAUCCUGAUACUACAUUGCUAAUUUGUAUAACAGUAUUUAUAGGCACUUUAGAAAAUACUUAGAUCGCAACCUGUACUGUAGACGUGAAGCACAGUCGUGUGAAAUAGGCUUUUGACUCACGCUGUACAGUGAAAGAGCUCGGAAAGCUUUACAACUCGGACCUCAUGGACGGCCCAUGGGGAGCAAGGAUUGGCUGUGUGGAUGGAUAAACUGCUCUCUUGGGCUUUUGUGGAAACCUGGCACCGUUCCCAUUUUUUGAAAGUU